AUAAACAAAAGAAAGAUGGCGGAAACAGCGAAAGACUGAUAACACGAGAAUUUCUCUUCUUUUGCAACACCUAAGGUGAAACUGAGCCAUUCCAUGUUAAAAGUGAUGCAAGAAAUUAAUUCGACUUAAAUGAAGCGCUCUGUAUUGGCUUAAUUUUGGAUAAUACUGAACGGAUCACACACUACUUUCACUUCGAUUCUAGUUCGACUUUACCUUCAUUUGAAUUUUGCAAAGGUCAGUGUGUUUUCAAUGGAUUCAAAAGAAGCAGUUGCAAGUAACAGCGAGGGAAAUAGAGAGGCAAAAAAAGUUACAGAUUGUGCAAAGCCCUCCGAGAGCAAUGCUCGCGCAGACAGUAUCAAUGCGCGUGCUAUUGUUAAUGAUCCACGUGCAAAGAUUCAGCAAUCGAAAGAGGAAGCAAAAUACACGAUUGAUUCGACACAUGUGGUCGGCAAUAAUGAUGCAAGGGGAGAAGAAGAUGCUACAGAUGGCAAAUCUCAAAAUACAAAGAAGAAACGGAAGAGAAGGAAAAAGAAAAAAAAAGAUUCUGAAACUGUAAGUGCUAUGUCAGCAAAUACCAGCUGUGAUGCAAUGGAAUACGAUUGUGAUGUUACGAAGAGUACUUCCCCUGACUCAGCUAAACAGCUGAGCGAUUUCGCUGAUAAAGAAGAACACGAUUGCAUCGAUUCAGAAUUCAUUGCUAGUCAAGAUCAACCAGAAGCAGACAGCAAGAAAAAGAGGAGAUCGCGAAGAAGACAAGGAAAAAGUGCACAGCUGGGCGAGGAACCACCGCCAUUUCAAAAAACAGAACUACCAGUUGAAGAAACAGAAGAAAUCAUGGCAAAAGGGGACGAUGCGAGCUCAAACUUUGCUGACAGUGGGGAGAAAGAAGAUUGUCAAGAUUUGCCGACCACUGAGAAUACGAGUGGCAGUAAAAGGAAGAGGAAUAGGCGAAGAAAAGCGAAUAAAGUUCAAGAUGGCGAGGAAGCCAGCGAAGGGAUAAGCCAUCACGACCUUGUGGGGAGUGAUUUACAUCGUAGUCAAGAACCAAACGACAGUGUUCACCACGGGGAAGUGUCCGCUAAAGAUUCAGAGACGAGAAAUGCGAAUCAAUCCACUCCAAAUACUCAGAAGAGUAGAAAUUCAACUCGAAGAACGCCCAGCAGUGGCAACAAGAAACAGAAACCGCUCUACGAAAAGUAUUGGUCCUUAGAGAGAGUCUCAGAUGGAUUAAAAAGAGGAGAACUUGUGAAAGGAAUAUUAAGGAUUAGUCCCCGAAACUAUGAGUUGGCUUGGGUAACAGUACCGGGUCUAAAACGCGAUGUACUCUUGGAAGGAAUGUUGAAUCGUAACCGUGCUCUCAAUAACGACGUCGUUGCGUUGAAGAUAUAUCCCAAGGAUAAAUGGAAAAUAAUGCUGGAAGAACUGGAAUACAACGGUUUGACAGGGGAAAAUACAGAGCAUAACCACGUUGACAGGUUAGCUGAUAGUUUAGACUCCUUAGCCGUGAGUCCUGCGAAUGUUAUGCAAUCUCCUUCAGCGAGGACGGUCCGUAUCGAGAAUAAGGCUGGCCAUACCCCUGAGUCACGUCGUCAAAAACAUUACAUCGAUGUCAAUCAAGUUCCUGACGAAUUUUUACAAAGAAGAGCUAAAGUGGUCUACAUCAUCGAGAAGAAACACUCGCGGGUUGCAAGCGGACAUCUAAAACCCUUCCCCCAUCCCAAAGAAAGACCUGAUGGGUGUUUCUCCCCGAUUGACAGUCGGUUGCCAAGGUUUCGUAUCCAGCGGGACAACUGCCCGCCGGGAUUCUUUAACAGACCACGUGACUUCGAAAAUACCUUGCACGUGGCACGUAUUGUGAGUUGGCCUGAGAACUCUUCCCGGGAUUCGUUUCUCGCAAUUGGUUCAAUAUCGCGGAGCCUGGGCGAAGCAGGUGAAAUAGAACCCGAAACAGAGGGGAUCCUUCUCGAGUACGGCAUAGAUUCUGGGCCAUUUUCGGACGAGGCCCUGGCGUGUUUACCCCAAGAAACACCUUGGAAAGUACCCUGCGAGGAACUGAAAUACAGAAGAGACUUCCGCGAUGAUUGCGUCUUUACCAUUGAUCCUCUCACAGCCAGGGAUUUAGAUGACGCAGUACACUGCAAGAAACUCGCAGAUGACCUCUUUGAAGUUGGCGUCCAUAUUGCCGAUGUCAGCUUCUUCGUUCGCUCAAGAACAGCGCUGGAUGAAGUGGCUGCCGAGAGAGCAACAUCCACUUAUAUGGUGCAGAAAGUUGUACCCAUGCUCCCACGGCGAUUGUGCGAAGAGCUGUGUAGUUUGAACCCUGGAGAAGACCGCCUGACAAUCUCCAUUGUUUGGAAAAUGACAAGCAAAGGAGAAAUUAUUGACGAUUGGAAAGGAAGGGGAAUCAUUCGUUCGCGAAUAAAAAUGGCUUACGAACAUGCGCAAGAUAUGAUUGACAAGCCGAACAGGAAAUGGAAUGAAAACGAGCUUCCCCCGAUUUCAGACGGUGCUACUGCGGAGGAAAUUUCCGCGCAGGUAAAUCAGCUUCAUAAAUUUGCAAUCCGUCUCAGGCGCAAUCGCUUAGAGAAUGGCGCGCUCCGUUUGGACCAAGCAAAACUCCGGUUUGAUCUGGAUAAAGAAACCGGUAUGCCUAGCGGGUACCACGUGCACAAACAGCGCGACUCGAACAGGCUUAUUGAAGAGUUCAUGUUGCUUGCCAACAUGGCGAUUGCUCACCACAUCUACAGGUCAUAUCCCGAGACAGCGCUUCUAAGGCGACAUCCAAAACCGCAUCAGAAACAGCUCGACGAUCUUCUUGAGCUGUGCAGAUCGCUUGGUAUUGAGUUCAACACCACUUCAUCCAAGACUAUUCACGAGUCGCUUGCACAAUUUCCGCUCUCCUCUCCUGAGCGUGAAGUUCUUGUCAAUUUAGCUAUGCGUCCCAUGAAAAACGCGGAGUAUUUUUGCACGGGGUGCGUAGAUGACGGCGAAUAUGGACACUAUGCCCUAAGCGUGCCUCUGUACACACACUUUACGUCCCCGAUAAGAAGAUACGCAGAUGUAGUAGUGCACAGGCUUUUGGCUGCGAGCCUUGGAAUCGAUGAACCACUGGACCAGGAUCCCUCUAACAUUGACAUGAUCGCGCACCAUUGCAAUGAUCGCAAACUGGCAGCUAAAAGAGCCGGCGAAUUGAGCACCGAAAUGUUCUUUGGUAUUUUUGUGCGUGAAAGCGGCCCUCUGGAGAAAGAUGGAAUUGUGCUGAACGUAAUGGACCAAUCAGUUGACGUUCUUGUGCCAGAACUGGGCAUGGUCAAGAGGGUGUACAUGAAAUUCUGUCCCGGGGUGAAGCGCUACGCGUUCACCAAAGGUGAGAAGGGGAAACCAGCCGAGUUGCGAUUGCUUUGGAGCGGCGAGUUGAAUUGGGGUGAUGUGAUUCACGAAGAGGAGCAAAUGUUAAAGACCUUCAACACGGUGCGGGUUAUUUUGACGACUGAGAGUGAAACGGAAAGUAAGACUGCAAAUCCCUUCAAGGUCAUGGCCAAACUUGCUCCACCUCUCAAGUGCGGUGACGAAUUUUACAUUCCAUCAACCCCAGCAACUGAGAAAUCUCUGAAGAAGAGAGGCGCCAGAGGACAUUCUGAAGCAGCUGGAGUCCCGAAUAGUACCGACGACGUUCGAAAAAAACUGUUUGUUUCCGAAGGCUCCGAUGCUAUUUUCAAGUCUAAGAAAGCUCAGGAGGUCGACAGUUUACACGUGAAUCAGAGAUCUGAUGAAGAGGAGACUGGAUCAUAUGGCUCCGACGACGUCAUUGUAGAAGACGAAGAGGCGAAUGAGGGCACGAACCUAGCCGAUGAUGAUUCCGAUGAUGUCAUCGUAGAGUCGGAAUCCGACAAUGAAGGGCAUUGAAAAACUGCAGUGCGAGUUAUUUUUGCUAUCUUAUUUAGACCGUUUUAUGUUUGGUUCUAAAAAUUUGUAUUUUAAGGAAAUUUUCUUCACGGAUUUUAACGGUAGUCGAAUUUUUAAUUGAUCGACGGAGUACAACUCUACUCCAGAAAGCGGCUUAACUGUAUGACACUUCAUUACAAGGAAAACUUAUUGAAAACCUCGCUCACUCCUUAAGAGGAAUUGGUACAAUAUUAUGCAUUAGUUAGCUUCCGAAAUUUGAAAUAGAAAUUUAGAGAGAAGAAAAAUCAUGCUUUAUUUUAUUUCCAAAUAUCAGCAUCCCAAGAAAGGAAAAUACAACGUGAA